AAAAAAUGACGAGGGCAUUAUCGUCCAUAACUCCUCACCACGACCCCUUCAAAUCCCACCUCCUCCCUUCCCAAAGCCAGCCCGCAACUCUCUCCACCUCCAUCUCUCCGGUCUCCAUACGCCCCUGUCUCUCUCUCUUGAGAUCAAUCCGCCAACGAUUCUGUCCAGAUUCAUUUGUUCUUUGUUUUUCAGAUUUUAAUUUUUUGUGUCAAAAAUGGCGCAGAGGAUGGAGAAGGAGGAGACGGAGUUCAAGGUCGUACCUGAGACCAUGUCGCUGUGCGUCAAGUGCGGCGUGGCCGGAAACUCCGCCGCUGCUAAUAAUCUCUGUCAGAAGUGUUUCAACGCAACCGCAGCGGCAUCAACCUCCGUCGGUGCCGUGGCGAAGCCGUUUAAUCACGUUUUGUUGGAGAAAUCCUUCAGAUCUAGCUCGUUUCUGCCGGAGAGGAGGCUCGCUUCUGCUGCGACGAGCCGAGAUCUGAAGAGAGAGGCCUCCGUAGCUGCGGUUUCGAUGAAGAGAGAAGUUAAUCGGUGCUCCGGUUGUCGGAAGAAGGUAGGUCUGACCGGGUUCCGAUGCCGGUGCGGAGACCUUCUCUGCCCCGAUCAUCGAUACCCCGAUCGGCACGACUGCAGCUAUGAUUACAAAUCGGCCGGCCGGGAAGCGAUCGCGAGGGAGAAUCCGGUGGUCAAAGCCGCGAAAAUCGUCAAAAUCUGAUGUUUGAAGCAAAGGGAAAGGGAAAUACCAAUCAAAUCAAUUUCGCCAUAUGCUUAGCAUAUGAAGAUCGAUGCUCCGGCUAUGUUGUAGCUCUUACGGUGAAGGAAUUGCCGGAAGAAUUAGGGCGAAACGAUGGGAAAUUCAACUUUUACUUUUCGUUUUUUAUUUAAAAAAUAGAAACGGAAAUUACUGUGAAAUCAUUAUAUGCGCCGUGCGUUGCCGCGUGCUGAUUAAUUUCUAAAUUUGUUUGUAUGCAGAUGUAUUCCUUGUUUCAGUGGAAAGAUUGCAAUCACUGAAACAUUGCAAUCAAGUUAUUUUACUGGAAAAGUUUUAUUGAAA